UAUUUGUGAUAAUUUUUUACAAUUUUUUCAAAACUAACCCAUGAAAAAAGUUAACAACUUAUUCUGUAAAUAUAUAAACAGUUCAUUUAUAUGAAAAAUUAUCAUUCAGUAUAAAUAUAUAUAUAUAUAUCUGGUUACAAACAUAAAGUAAUUUAUGAGAUAAUUCAUUUUCUGAAACUCGGCUUAAUUACGUUUUAAAUAUUUAUGGGACAAAUGAUGAAAAUCUUCCAAGGAAGUUCAUCUCAUGCAUUUUUUUAAAUGCUAAAAAAAUUUCUGUAAUGAUAAUCAAUUAAUAAAUUAACAGAAAUCUAAAAUCCGAGAAUUUUUUGGUUCCGGCCCAGCCUUAACCUCUUAUAGGAUUUAAUAGCAACAUAAAUAAUUUAUUUUAAAAAAUGCCACCACUUACAGAUUUAAUAUCUUGUAGUAUUAUUGAAAAAGAUUUGAAUGGUGAUACUUUGUGGACAUGGACCUAUCCUUCAGUAACAGAUGAACAAAAAACAAUAAUAACACGUAAAUACAAUUUACAAUCGGAAUAUUGUAACACUCAGUCAUUUGUAUUUUCCCGGUACAAUAAUGAGUGGUUUUACAUUAAUUCAAGUGAAGUUUUUGAUACCGAUAAACUGCCGCGUGUGAAACAAUUUGCAUUGAUAUUAUUCACAAAAGACUAUAAUCCACAAAAAUAUGAGGUAUUGUGUCGGGUAUUAAGUAAAAUGUAUUGCAAAACUGGCAAUCCAGUGGAAAUAUUGAAACUUUAUUUAUCAGUAUUUACAACUGGUUCAUGUACGACUGAAGAAAAUGGUAUAUUUACCUCAGAUGAUUAUAAUUAUCCGCAUUUAAAUACAGAUACAAAUAUACGCGAUCUAAUAAAAACAUUUGAGUUGGAAACAAUAUUAAUUUACAAUGCGUUAUUACUAAAAAAACGUAUUGUUGUUUAUCAUCACAGUCUAGAACAAUUAUUUAAAUGGAUAAAAACAUUUCCUGCAUUUAUGAAACAUCGGAAUGUUACGGAUAAUUUGAUACCAUGGAUUGAUUUAAUUGCAGAUGAAAUUCAAGAUUUGAAGAGUAACACGUACUAUAUUGCCGGCUGUCGAGAUAGUGCAGUAGCAUUAAAAACCGAGCUCUAUGAUUUACUUGUAAAUAUACCAGCGCGUGAAAUAACGAUAGCGCCGCAUGCUAAAGAGAGUUUCAUAAUGACUAAAACUCAUAAAGAAAUAGCAUUAUUCAUGAUACAAUUGUGUGAAAAAACUUCAAAUGAAUCACAAAUAAUAAAUGAAAUUGCUGAUAAAACUCAAGAUUUAUUAAACCAAUUGAAAAAUAUCGCUGCAACAGAAGAUGAUACUGGGAAAAAAAUAUUAUCUAUACAAACAAUACGUGAUCGUAGUUUACCAAAUGCUGUUGAAAAUUUUCUUAUCAAUUUAGCUACUGCUGAAAAAAUUUUUUUACAAUAAUUUAAAAUAAAUUGGAUAGUAAUAAUUAUAAAUCUAUUAUUAUUAUUAUUAUUAUCAUUAUUAUUAAUUGUUAUGUACAUUAUGGUUAUUUAAUA